AUUUUUGUUUUGGCGCGUGACCGGAGGAGGCGGGAGCUCAGGACCGGCGCCUUCUCCUUGCUUCUUGGGGUCGUGGCCUUGCUCCCGCUGUGCAAGGCGAGAGUCCGGGCGCGUCCACGCGCGUGUGUGCGCGUGGGACCUUUAGAGUUCGUGGGUCCGCGCUAGGUCUCUCUGGGGGCAGAAGCAGAAGCUAUGGGCGGGACGGCUAGCACUCGUCGGGUCACCUUCGAGGCGGACGAGAAUGAGAACAUCACCGUGGUGAAGGGCAUCCGGCUUUCGGAAAAUGUGAUUGAUCGUAUGAAGGAAACCUCUCCAUCUGGCCCGAAGUCUCAGCGGUAUUCUGGUGCUUACGGUGCCUCAGUUUCUGAGGAAGAAUUGAAAAGAAGAGUGGCUGAGGAGCUGGCAUUGGAGCAGGCCAAGAAGGAAUCUGAAAAUCAGAAACGACUAAAGCAAGACAAAGAACUGGACCGAGAGAAGGCUUUUGCCAACGAGCAGUUAACCAGAGCCAUUCUUCGCGAGAGGAUAGCAAAUGAGGAGGAGCGGGCUAAGGCUAAGCACCUGGCUAAGCAGCUGGAAGAAAAAGAUCGGGUGAUAAAGAAGCAGGAUGCAUUCUACAAAGAGCAGCUGGCUAGACUGGAGGAGAGGAGCUCAGAGUUCUACAAAGUCACCACUGAGCAGUACCAGAAAGCCGCUGAAGAGGUGGAAGCAAAGUUCAAGCGGUAUGAAUGCCAUCCCGUCUGUGCCGACCUGCAGGCCCAGAUUCUCCAGUGUUACCGCCAGAACACCCAGCAGACCCUCAGCUGCUCCGCUCUGGCCAGCGAGUACAUGCGCUGUGUCAAUCAGGCCAAACAGGGAAUUUCCUAUGUUAAUUUAUGCAGCGUUAAAUUUAUGCAGUUUUGAAAUUCAGCCCAACAGCAGCGACUUACAGACCCAAGACAGAGGUGGUGGGAGGACCCAGAGGUGGAGCUGACUGACGCUGACCCUGCCAGGCCUCAAGAUUCCUCCAGCCAAAGGUCCUUGGGCCUGGGUUUGGGCAGGUUUUAUUUCGUAGUUGUGAUAUAGUAAAAACACACUUAAUUUGUUUAAAAAAAAUUUCAGCUUGACAUUGUGUUUGUUAUUGUCUCUGAAAGAAAUGAGGUAGUUUUGUACCACCUCUGCCACCCAUUGGUGGCAACUGAGUGCAUUUUGACGGCAUGUGUGUAGACAGCCCUGGAAGACCCAAUCUUGCCCCCUGUGUCUUCAAGGAGCCUCCUGUGUCCUCAAGGAGUCACCGGUGAAUCAAGUGAACUGCUGUGCUCUCUUUGAGGAUGUGAUUUUUAAUGUGCAUAGCAAGGUAUUUUGUGAAUGUGGUUACUUUGUGUUUUAUAUUUGCUCAAAAUUGUUCCUUUUUAAUGUCUUCACCUUAGACUGACCCAUGGUUUUCGAACCAGCCAGAGCCCAGCUCAUCUUUCUUAAGUGAAUCUGACAUUCUUAGCAUUACUGACGUGGCUGAAAAAUUACUCUUCUGUGUUUGAUUGAGGUUGCAGGAAAAUAGUUUAAAAAGAUUCCCUAGACUCUUGUAAACACUUUAACUGAUGCUUUUAAUUAUGUUGUGGUCACAGCAGAUUAUUUUGCAACCUUUGAAGAGAGGUGCACUGUCACAUGGCAGUCACUAUAACCGUAAGACCUAACUAAAUUGCAGCGUUGAGGCACAGCCAUCUAGUUUUGACCCACAGGUAAUAGCUUAAAGUUCCCAUUGGUAUAUUGAAGAAAAUAGUGAGUCUGUAAUCUACGAAGUGGCAUCACUCAGAAAGUGAUCAUUUUCUUUAGUAACUAGAAGCCUUUACAUGGGCUCAUUGUAGAUCUGCUUUAUACUGACUUCGGUUUUGUAUUAAUAAAUAAUGUUGUGGCAGGGUUGUCUAUGUAUCUGGAGUUUAUAGAGCUUCCCAUCUGUAUAGUUGUAGAAACUUUCACAGAUCAAGUCACAAGGAUAUGAGGAUAAAUGAUACUGAGACAGUGCCUGGUCUAACUCUUACAUGGUAAGUGCUCAAUUUUUAAGAUUUCCAGCAAAUACAGAGCUCAUAUGAAUGGUGGGUUUGAGAGGAGCCUCACAUUCUGGUGUUAGUUCUAUAGGACACCUCUCCUGAGAGGAGUCUUCCAUUUAAUCUGCUCUGUCUUUCCAGUUUUUUCUAGAUGCAUCUAGCUUUUCUAAUUCAUUUCUCCCUUGACUGCAUCAUUUUUUUCUGACCAUUUCAUUGUGUAACCUCUACAAACUGCCUUGCUUUUAUAUCUAUUAUAUCUUUUAUCUCUGUUCUUCUUUGGUGCCCUGUGGACAUAGACUUCUUAGAAGCCUGUCAUCAUGGAUGCUUUAAUAGUAAUCUCUAGGAUAAGCUAUUCGUCCUGUGCUUCUGUGACCCAAUGUGCUGAUGUGCCCCUCCUCUUUUUUUUUUCUGACCCUUUAUUUCAAUCUCCUUUCUUCAUCUCUAACCCUAAAUUAAACCUUUAUCUAAAAAACCUUUGACCUCUUUCCCAAGCCUACAACUUCUCUGUAGACAUUUACUUCUUGGAUGUGUCAUCAUCAUCCCAGACUCUCAAACCCCAAGUUUAAGUCAUCUUCCUCAUUCCCAAGAAGGCUCCUCCAGCUGCCUUCUCUGUUUCUCUUGGUCACAUCACCGUUCUCCCUGUCACUAAGGAGCCACCAUACCUUGGAUUUCAUAUCUUUUUCUUUUUUUUCUUCCCGUGUCUUUUUCUUCUUUCUUCUUCCUUCUUCAUCUUCCUCUUCCUAUUCUUCUUCCUCCUCCUCUUCCUUUUCUUCCUCCUCUCUUUUUCUUCUUCUCUCUUCGGCUGCCCCACAGCAUAUGGAGUUCCCAGGCCAGGGAUCAGAUCUGAGCUGCAGCUGUGGCAAUGCUAGAUGCUUAACCCAUUGUGCCUGGCCAGGUAUAGAACCUGCACCCCAAUGCUCCAGAGACACCAUUGAACCCAUUGCACCACCGCAGGAGCUCCUUUUCUCUUGUCUUUUUAUGACAACCUAGCUUUUUUUUUCUUUUUAGGGCUGCACCCACAGCAUAUGGAAGUUCCCAGGCUAGAGGUUGAAUCAGAGCUACAGCUGCCAGCCUACACCACAGCCACAACCACACUGGAUCCCCAGCGUACUGAGUGAGGCCAGGGAUCGAACCCACAUCCACGUGGAUACUACUUGGAUUCAUUUCUGCUGUGCUACAACGGGAACUCCCAACCCUAGCUUCAUUUCUAAUCUGCCUCCUCCGUGGUCUUCCUGUCUCCAGACUUCUCCAUUGGAUCCGUUGUGCUAAGGAUGUCAAGGUAACCUUCCUAAGUGACAUGCUCCUAGGAAAGACAUUCAUCAGAUACCCACGUUUUUUCAGUACCAAAAAGCAAGUAUUUCAGCGUGAAGUUCACAAUGGGCUCUUCUUAUAACUCUUUUCCUUGACAUCCUGAGUGCCUUCGCUUUCCUCUAGCUAGGCUUGUCUUUCUCCUCCAGUCUUCCGUUCAUACGUUUUGGCUUGUUCCCACCUCUGAAUCUUACUAGUGCUUUCCACCCUCAUCCCUCUCCACCCCUACCCCAAUCCUCUGUUUAUAUUCUGCCCAUAGUGAGAGAUCAUCUGAGGAGCCUUCCUGGGUCACUCCAGCUGCAGAGUUCCCCUCUUCGGAAAUAGGUAGCACCACUGUGCUUUUGAACGGAUACUUUCUCUGGAAGAGUAUACCAAAAAAUAGGAAAUAGGAAGAAGAGAAAAAAUUACUUUGUCCUAUCCUUUUGUUUUUCUUGUAUCUUAUACUGUGUGCAUGUAUUACUUAUUCAGUAAAAUAAAAUUUUAAUGUAUAUUUAGCAAAUGUACUUUAAAAAAAUAGGAAUUUACCACUCUGUAUUAUGCCUUAAUUUUCCAGGAGCGUUUGCAUUGGUUUCCCUCUGUCAUCUAAUUCAGAACACUGAAUACCUAGUAGCAGCUUGGUUAAGAGCUGGUUGACUAAGUGGCUGGAAGGAUGAGGGAUGGAAAGAGAAAGCUAUGAAGAAAUUAGAGGCAGUCUUGGGCCUGACCUACCCUCUUCUUCCUGAGUAAUUUCAAAACUGAAGGGGAAAGGAUAAGUUUUGACUUCUUGAAGUUUCCUAAGAAUGACGACAGUUUAUCCCCUGCCCAAGCUAGAGUUUUAAUCUAAUAGUUAAGAUUCUUCCUGUCUAGGAUUCUAUAUGUAAAAAAUGCUAAAAUCUCAACCAAAAAACCAAAACAACAACAGAAAAACAGCUGUUAGAAUUAAUCAACAAAUGCAGUAACAUUGCAGAAUAUAAAAAUCAGUAGUGUUUCUAUACACUAACAAUAAAUUUUCUGGAAAAGAGAUUGAUCCCAUUUAUAGUAACACCAAAAACAAUAAAAUACCUAGGAAUAAAUUUAACCAAGGAAGUCAGAGAUCUCUAUUCUGAAAGCUAGAAGACAUUGAUGAAG